AUGAGUCUCGUUAAGAAGAAGCAAGAAAAGAAUCAAGACACUAUUCGUAAACUCUCCCUUGCUGGAGACAACAAGGAAUGUAUGGAUUGUGUUCUCAAGAGUACUCCAUACGUUGUUUUGGAUUUUGGUAUCUUUGUUUGUACUUUCUGUUCAGGUAUACAUCGUGGUUUUAACUACAAGGCUAAGGGUAUUUCAAUGACUAACUUUGAAGAUAAAGAUGUUGAAUUCUUUGAAACACACGGAAACAAAGUUGCUUCAUCAAUAUGGAGAGCUAAGUGGGAUCAAAACAAGGUUCCAAAGCCAAAAUCAACUGAUGAAAAGGGAAUUAAGGACUUUAUUCAAAAGACCUAUGUUCAAAAGAUGUGGUAUGAUGCUAGCGGAGCUGCAGCUAAACAAGAAGAUAUUCCAGUUAGACCAAUUGAAAGUAUUGGAAUUACUCCAUCUAAAGUAGAAGUUAGACCUGCUGGUAAGACAACUCAGCCACAACCUCAACAAGAAGAACUGUUCUCUUUUGAAUCUGUUCCAGUUUCCAAGCCACAACCAACUCAAUCACAACCACAAUCUGCCGGAUUGGAUUUCGAUUUUGGUUUUACUAACACUCAACCAACAACUCAACCAACUCAAAAAGUUUCUCAAAAACAUCAAUCAUCUGGGUUCGGUGAUGAUGAUAACUGGGGAUUCGAUAAUCAACCUCAACAAACAACUCACACACAACCACAACAAAAAGCUUCAAUUAAUGUUGAUGAUUUAUUUGCAGGAUUUGGAUCGCAACCAACCCAACAAUCUCAAGGUGGAUGGGGUAAUCAACAAUCUCAAGGCGGAUGGGGACAACAAUCCCAAGGAGGUGGUUUUGGAGGUCAACAAUCCCAAGGAGGAUGGGGACAACAACCACAAAAUCAAGGUGGAUUUGGAGGUCAACAUCAAGGUUGGGGACAAUCUCACCAAGGAGGUUUCGGUGGUCAACAAGGCGGAUUUGGAGGCCAACAAUCUCAAGGCGGAUUUGGACAACAAUCCCAAGGUGGUUUUGGAGGUCAACAAUCUCAAGGUGGAUUCGGUCAACAAGGAGGUUUUGGACAACAAACUCAAGGAUGGGGCCAACAAGGUGGUCAACAAGGAGGAUGGGGUCAACCACAAUCACACCAACAACCUCAACAAAAUCAAGGAUGGGGUCAACAACAAACCCAAGGUGGAUUUGGAGGUCAACCACAAGGUGGUCAACAAGGAGGAUGGGGUCAACCACAACCAGCCAGAAACUUACAAACUUCACCACCUCCAGUUAAAGAUCCUUUCAGUAAUUUGACUGGAGCUUUUGGUUCAUCAACUACUACUUCCAAGCCACCAUCUAAUCAAGGAGGUUUUGGUGCAGGCAACAAUCCUUUCGAUUUUUAAAUAAAUAAUGUAAUUUAUCAGUUAAUCAUGUCCUGUCAUCCAUCACCAAUUAAAAAAAAAUGUUAAAAAACAUAUUUCUGAAAAUUUAUGCUCAAAAGGUUGAACAACCGAAACAAAAUCAAUUAUUAAAAUUAGUUAAUAACCCC